UGACGGUUAAAGUUUGCCAACGCCUAUUUUGAAUCAGGUUUUAUUUUGUUACGUUUAGUCUCUAAACCACAGGAAAUAGAGCAAAAGUGAACAAUCUGAUUGACAGGUGCUGAUUGAAGUUUUCUUUAUCCAAUUGAUGAUUGAGGGGCUGUUUUGAAAGAAAAAGAAUUGUUAACCAGCUCUUGUUAAUGUAAAAAUGGUGACUGUCUCAGGUUGUUAUUGAGACCCACCCGAUUAAUACAGUCUGUUACAAUCAGGUCCAACAGGAGGCCCUGCCAGUAGAUCCUGCUUACCUAUGGCAUGACUACCAGUGCUGUGUCCUGUUGCAUGAUGGUAUCUUGCAUAGUUCUGCGGAAUCCAUACCACAAAAGUGAAUUCUGGCUGACUGCUUUCCUUGCUUGUGAUGAAAUAGCUAGGAGUUACAAGAUACUCAGACAUCAUGAAGGCAUCCAAAUACCAAAACAAUGAUAAACUGUUGUUGCUUAUUCUCGCAGUGAUUUUAACCACUGGAAUUAAUGCAAACUUGCCCAAAGGCCCAUUGACGACAAUGGAACUUUCUAUUACUGAGGAAUUCACCGCUCCUUUUAUGAUAUAUCAGUUUACAUCAGAGAAUGUUGAUGUGACGACUUUUGCAAUAAUUGGUGAAACAAAAGGCGUGUUCAACAUUUUAGACAACUGGUUGGUUGCCAAUGUGACCCUGGACCGUGAAGAAAAAGCAUCGUAUGAAUUAAAGAUAGUAGGUCAAAAUGAUGCUCACGAAACAGUUGAAGGACCUGAAGUUGUCACUGUUUUACUUCGUGAUAUAAAUGACAAUCAACCAAUAUUCACAGAACAACAGUUUGAUGGAGUUGUCCGCCAGAAUUCCAGGCCUGGGAAGCCUUUCAUGUCUGUAACUGCAACUGAUUUGGAUGAUCCUGAAACUCCUAAUGCUAAAAUCUACUACAGCAUUUUACAACAAAUCCCAAACAGUAAUGACAUCAUGUUUUUCCAGAUUGAUAACCAAACAGGAAAAAUCUCCACAACAGAAGAAGGAUACCAGUCACUUGAUCCAAAGGUACAAGACAACUACCAGCUGAUAGUGAGUGCAAACGAUGCAGCUGUCUUGUCGCUGAGCACAAAUGCUGCAGUAAAGAUUACUGUAAAAGAAAAUUUGUGGAAGGCACCUGGUAAAAUAAGCAUUACCGAGAAUUCUACAGACCCUCAUCCAAAGACAUUCAUACGGGUGCAAUGGAAUGAACCUGGUGCAAUAUAUGAAGUCAAGCCAAAGGUCGAGCUUGCUUAUCCCAAGUUUCCAUUUGCAGUCGAUGCGAAUGGCAACAUUAGUGUGACAGAACCAUUAGACAGAGAACAGAUUAGUGAGUAUAUACUUUUAGUUUACGCACUGGACGAAAACAGACAGCCACUGGAAGAGCCAUUGGAAAUUACGAUCAUCGUGGAAGAUAUCAAUGAUAAUUACCCCAUUUGUAACCCAGAAGUAAAGUUUCUUGAAGUCCAAGAAAAUGAACCUAUAGGAAGCUACAUCGGAACUGUGCUUGCAAAUGACAUGGAUGAAGAUGGAUCAGUUAAUACUCUUUUGAGCUUUAAAAUCAUUGAUCAAGAACCAAAAAUUCCAGAGGAUGAAAUGUUCAGUAUUGAUGAUUUCAAAGGAGAGAUCAAGCGUUUCCAAGGACAUCUACUGAAACGCAUUGCACCAGAUUAUAUUUUAACAGUCCUAGUCAGCGACCAACCAGGACUGUCCACUGAAUGCAUUGUCAAUAUCUCUGUUAUUGAUAUCAAUGACAAGAUUCCUAUCUUUCAGAAAUCAGAGUACGGUCCCAUCACUUUACGAGAAGAUAUUUCAUUGGACACGGUACUGAUAGAGAUUCAGGCAACAGAUGAUGAUGAGCCAUUCACAGGCAGCUCUGAGAUUGAGUAUCAUGUUGUAGAGGGUGAUACCAAUGGGACUUUCAAAAUAAUAACCGAUCCAAAAACAAAUAAAGGAAGAGUGCAGCUGGUGAAGCCACUAGACUUUGAAGAGUAUUCAUCUUACAUGUUAACGAUCAGUGCCACAAAUCCAGAACCGCUUGUGGAAGGAGUGGAGUACAACUCAAGCUCUUUUGCCUUCCUGUUCAUUAAUGUGACCGAUACUGAUGAACCACCACAGUUCUUAAAAUCUUUGUAUCGAAAAUGGAUAUUCGAGAAUGCCUCCUUAGGUGAUUUCUUGCUUAAAGUGGAAGCCAAAGAUCCUGAAGGUGCUGAAGUGAGCUAUAGCAUACAAGAUCCACUUCAAUUGUUCAGGAUUGACUCAAAAACUGGAGAAAUCUUCGUUAAGAAUGAAUUGGAUGCAGAAAAGCAAAAUCAUCUUAAGAUUAAGGCUUUUGCAAUGGAGAAAGACAGACCUAAAAAGAGAUCUUCGGUGGAAGUCUCCGUUUACUUUAACGAUGUUAAUGACAAUGCUCCCAAAUUAGCAAAAGAUUCCUCUCAGUUUUCCAUUUGCUUACCAGCUGUAGAAGAGAAGAAAAUAAUAAUUCAUGCUGUAGAUGAUGAUAAAGAAAAUGGUCCACCGUUCAUGUUUUCUAUUCCUGCAGACCCAGGCAAAGAAUUGAAAGUUGAAACCAUAAAUGAUACUCAUGCCUAUGUCACCAUGAAAUUUGGCCGACACAGUGAAGAAACAAAAUAUAAUCUUCGUGUACUAAUCACUGAUAGUGGCUCUCCACCUCUACAAGGAAUUGAUAACAUAACAGUUGCUGUCUGUAAAUGCACAGAUAAAAAUGUAUGCUUCAUUCCAGUAGAAGGUUUAUCUGGAUCAUCAAAAGUCGCUCUUGCAGUUGGAAUAUUGCUAGGAACCUUUGCUUUUAUAGGUUUGAUCCUUGCAGUGGUACUUUUAAAAAUGAAAAGCAAGAAAGGCGGAAAGGGUGAUAAAAUAGAUCCAAAAGCAGCACGGACUGAGAAUGAAACAAUACCCCUGGCUAAUGCAUAAUGCAAGAAGCUUGAAUAUCCCGCACCCGAAGGAAAUCAUUUUUCAGGGUCAAUUUCGCAUUCUUUCCUUACCUUUUUAUGAGUGACAAACAUUUUGACUGCAACUUAAUUUGGUGUUAAUUUUACUCAAAACAUUUAUUUAUAACUAGAGAAUUUUAUACAGUCCUCAAAAAAAAUUGAAGGAUGUGUGCUUAGAGUGUGUUCGUUUCUCUACUUUUCCAUUAAGUGUGAUGUAUAGUAUUUCGAAUGCUAUUCAUUAAUUUCACUUGUUAGAACAUUAAUUUGAAGCUUGUUUUGAGUGAAUGUGACCAGAGAAUUCAUUCUCAGAGUUCUCUUUGUCAGAAUUUGUUUGUUUUUU